GCAGUGACAAUAUACAGUGUGAGGCUAUAAUCAAUGUGGUUAGGACUGAGCGAAAUAUUAUUAGGAAAUCCUGAACGGCUGGUUUUGCUUCGCCUAGUAACAUCUGAGAUAUUGAAUGCCAGAGGGCAGGCCAACCCAAUGCCAAGCUGACAUUCACUGGCCUACUUGUGACCAGGUAACAUGUACUUUUCAUGUAGUGGUGUUUGAUAGUUCAGUAUGUCUUCUUCAAGUGGGCUAUGCUUUCAGCGUAUUGAUGGAAUUGUUUAAGAGGCAAACAGCUAAUACCACUGUCUCAAGUUCAAUUGCAGUCCAAGGCUACUUAUACUAGUAGAGUAGUUAGUAGACCAACAACAAUGUGGACCUGCUGUGGUUUCCUUCUUAUCAUCACUUUCACCCUGGAACUCACUUUGUCCAAGGUGAUACAUGUGGGUCCAUGUGCUCUGGUGGUUGAUGAGCCAGGGGAUUGCCCUGAUCCCGAUUACAUCAAAGUGUACUUGUUCACAAGGAAGAACAAAAACAAAGGUCAGUACGUGCAAUUGACGGAGAGUUCGGACAACAUGACGACUUCAUAUUUCGACCCUGGCCGUCCCAACAAGCUGAUCAUCCACGGCUAUAAUGCGGACAUGUUCAUGUACGCUUUGCAGGAUAUUAAGGCAGAAUACCUACGGCGAGAGAGAGCGAACGUGUGGAUGGUAGACUAUCCGCAGCUUGCACAGGGUUCCUCCCUCUGCUACCCCUUCGCUGUCCACAACAUCCGUCAUGUCGGCGCCUGUCUGGCGCAAUUAGUCACAGCACUGCAUCGCCACAACACAUCUGCUAGCAUACAUGUGGUGGGCUUCAGCCUUGGCGCUCAUGUCGCAAACUACAUUGCCAACACUCUAGGCUCUACCAAGAUUGACAGAAUCACAGGACUGGACCCAGCAGGUCCACUGUUUAUGACAAGAAAUGAACGCCACAGACUGGACCCCAGUGAUGCCAACUUUGUAGAUGUGGUGCACACAAACGGUCUGAUACAAGGCAUCAUUGAGCGUUGUGGUCACAUUGAUUUCUAUAUGAAUGGGGGAGUCAGUCAACCUGGUUGUUACAAUGACAGCAAUCCAUUUGCCUGUGAUCACCAUAGAGCACCUGAGUAUUUUGCAGAAUCCAUUCGCACCAAAGUUGGAUUUUUUGGUUGGCAAUGUGAAGGCUAUCUGAAUUUCAUCACUGGGGAGUGCAAACCAAAACUACACUUGGUUCCUAUGGGGGAGCAAUGUAAAUCUGGGGACAAAGGAUUUUAUGUGGCAUACACUGCAGCGGAAAAGCCAUAUGCUUUGGGAAAUUGGACAGAUAAGAAUUAUUGGGAAAGAGCUCCUAAGACAAGUUUUACGAAAAUGCCGAAGAAUAUAACUGAUGAGCUUAUUCAAAACCAACAGAGUGAAUUGUUACAGAGGAUAUUUCCUAGUGUUCAGUUCCAAAAUACCAGAUUUUAGAAUAUUACAUGUAUUGACAUAAAAUAUUAUUUACUUUA